AUGGAGAUAGAUAGCUGCGCCCCCUGGGCCAACCGCUCCAGGUUAGAACUGCCCUAUAUAGAUAUAUAUCUGGAAGCCGUCAGAUAUAUGGGGUUAGCCCAUGGCGCCUAUGAUUCCCAAGAACAUGAAGGGCAAGUGAAGAAUAGAGGGGCGGGGAAAGAUCCUGAAUGGAAUGAGGUCCGGGCAUGUGCCGAUAUAUAG